AGAGAGAGAGAGAGAGAGAGAGAGAGAGAGAGAGAGAGAGAGAGAGAGAGAGAGAGAGAGAGAGAGAGAGAGAACCUUUAUUAUUCUGAUUACCAACUUUCCAUAUCUUUGUGCUGCAGUUGAGCUAUGGAAUUCAAGUUUCAGCACCUUUUUGCAUUUCUUUCUGUGGUGGUAUUAGUUUGGAGCAGGGUGCAUGGGGCACUGCCUUCAGAGGAAUACUGGAAUUCUGUACUGCCAAACUCUCCUAUGCCUAGAGCUGUUCAAGAUCUAUUGACCCCAUCAUCAUCUGGCAAAAGCACAGCCGUCGGAGUAACUAAGGGUGGAGUCAAUGUCAACACCAAGCCAGGUAAGCCUGGCGGCACAGCUGUGAACGUGGGCCAUGGCAGAGUUGGGGUUCACGCCGGCAAGCCCGGCCGCCGCACUAACGUAGGCGUCGGCAAAGGCGGUGUAACCGUUGGAACCGGUACUCGAAAGGGCAAACCCGUUUACGUAGGGGUCCACCCGGGUCCAAACCCGUUUCAAUACCUGUACGCAGCCACAGAAACUCAGCUUCACGAUAACCCCAACGUGGCGCUUUUUUUCUUGGAAAAAGACUUGCACACUGGGAAAAAAAUGAACCUGAAGUUCUCCAAAGCAACACACGAGGCUACGUUUUUACCUCGACAAGUUGCCGAUUCGAUACCCUUUUCGUCGAAUAAGUUUCCCGAGAUUUUGGAUAAGUUUUCGGUGAAGUCUGGUUCGGACGAAGCUGAAAUAAUGAAGAAAACCAUUAAAGAGUGUGAGGAAAGUGGGCUGAAAGGUGAGGAGAAGUUUUGUGCAACUUCUCUGGAAUCCAUGGUUGAUUUCACCACCUCCAAGCUGGGGAAAAAUGUAAAGGCAAUAUCAACAAAUGCAGAAAAUAAUAAUGGAGACGAGGCGAGAGAGUACAUCAUAAAGGGGGUGAAGAAAUUACCGAGCGAGAAAGGUGCCGUGGUCUGUCACAGGCAGGAGUACGCGUACGCGGUUUUCUACUGCCACAAGACGGACGCCACGUCAGCAUACAAGGUGGCGAUGGUGGCGGCCGACGGGUCGAGGGCUGAGGCAGUGGCGGUGUGCCACCGCGAUACGGCGGCGUGGAACCCUAAGCACUUGGCUUUUCAGGUGCUUAAAGUGAAGCCUGGCACUGUACCUAUCUGCCAUUUUCUUCCAAAGGAUCACAUCGUUUGGGUUGCUCCCAAGUUCUAGAAAGUACUAUACCAGCUUUACGUGUGUGUAAGCGUGAUAUAUAGUCGUGGAUUGCAGUGUGUUGUAACAUACUAUCUAGUUGCAUACUAUUUAUAUGUAUGAUGUAAGGAUAUUAUGCAUGAGUGAAUACAUAAUAAAAUGGAUCAGAAGUUGAGUAUUUCAAUACACGAAA